GAACUCACCUAAAACCGUAAUAGACCCCCAGUAUAUGAUGGUAUAUGGCCUAAGGAUUGCAAAUGCAGAAAUCACAAGGUUACAUACAUCAUAAAGAUUAUUUAGAUUUCUCUUUCUCUCUGUCUCUUCUAAAUCUCUAUCCAAUAUAUUUCGACCGAGUAUGCUAUUAGCGUCAAUUAUUAUUAUGUAACGCUAUUGGAAACGCAGAAUCUCGCGAUGACAAUCUGAACAAGAGUUCUACAUUAGACCUGUGUUUUGUAGUUGAACUGUACUUUCUGUACAUAUUUAAAGUGAAAUAAAUGUUUGGAAUUUGGCGAAAGCAAACAGGAAAAUUCCAGUGCAAUUCAGUAUAAGAAAAACAAACCUUUUGUAAAUUGUGUGCCGCCCUAGGGGUUAGAAAGUUUCAAUCAUGGCGUACCCGAGCACAAUGUACGGCUCCACUAAUUCAGGAUCGGGAAUAAAUCCAGAAGUACAGCAAUGGUUUGCCGCAGUGGACAAGGAUGGUAGUGGACGGAUAACGGCUACAGAAUUGCAAUCAGCAUUGGCCAAUGGUCAAGGAGGUACCUUCUCCGAUACGGCAUGUAAAUUAAUGAUUGGUAUGUUUGACAAAGAAAAGAAUGGUACUAUAAACAUAACAGAGUUCCAAGCUCUUUACAAUUAUAUAAAUGCCUGGCUUGGUGUAUUUCGUGGUUUUGACCACGACAAUUCAGGUAAUAUACAAGAAAAUGAAUUGAGCACAGCCCUGACACAAAUGGGCUACAAACUUAGUCCAGAAUUUAUUCAAUUCCUCAUAAAGAAGAGUGAUCUUCGUGGUCAUAAAUCCAUUACUGUCGACCAGUUUAUAGUAUUAUGUGUUCAAAUACAAAGAUUCACAGAGGCAUUUAGAACAAGAGAUGCGGAUCAAACUGGAACGAUCACUAUUGGAUUUGAAGAUUUUCUGGGAGUAGCUCUUAGUUGUAGCAUAUAAUGUUUUCACAUCUUAAUAUAGUUAAUGUAUUAUUAUUUACUUAAUUAAGUAUGCUGAAAAAUGUUUAUUCAGCUUACGCUAUAAAUUCUAUUUUUCUAUGAUAGAAGAGAAUGUAAAAUGUAACAUGUUUUUGUGCAUGUAGGUUCUUGGGCGUAUAAGAGAUCUGUUGAUAGUUUUAGAAACUUCUAUAUAUAUUUCCUUUGUCGUUAAAUAAGUUUAGUAGGCUUUAAUAUAUGCUUAAUUAUUACGACAUCGUUAAAGUAAGAUAAAGAUAAGAUUAUUAAUAAUUAUAUGAAACGCUAAAAUUAUAUAUGCUUCCUACCAAUUCAUCUGAUACAUCAAUACCUCAAAUGACAAUUAAAUACAUUUAUUUUAUAUUCGUACAUGUUGAUGACAAUAUUUGACAAAGAGUUACAAUAAAAAUGAAUAUCACAUGA